AUGGCGGCAUCUCCAGAGGACCCCAUCAUCAAGGAGCUGCAGGAAUUCACCACAUGCGACGUUUCAGAUGCCCUCUGCAAGCUCAAAUACCGCAACGGCGGCUUCCUCUCGGGCCUGACCAUGUGGUCGCCCCAGCGGCAGGACGGGCCCACUAAGAUUGUCGGGCCCGCCUACACGGUUAAAUACGUGCCUCUAGCUGACCCUGCGCCGAAACAUCCUACUCACUAUAUCGACUCCGUCCCCGCCGGUGCUGUAAUCUUCAUCUCCUGCCCCCCACGCACGCCCAACGCCGUCUACGGGGGUCUGAUGUCGACGCGCGCACAGUUCCUCGGGGCAGUGGGGUCCGUUAUCGACGGGCGGUUCCGGGACGUGCAGGAGCAGCGCGAUCUGAACUUCCCCGUGUUCGCCAGGGACGUGGGCACGGCGCCCCCCGCGGAGCUGGUCAAAGUCGUCGGGGUGAACGUCCCUGUAAAACUGCAGACUGAGGACCAGGAUAUGGAGAUUAGACCCGGGGAUUAUCUGAUCGGCGACGUGAAUGGGGUUGUGGUUUUGCCGAAGGAGCUGGCGAAGGAGACGUUGCCGUUGAUGAAGAGGGGGGUCGAAGCGGAUGGGAGGAUGGCAGAGGAGAUUAAGAAGGGAAUGGGGUUUACGGAGGCGAGCAGGAAGUUCAGGUAA